UAUUGAUGGCUAGAAUUUUGUCUAUUGAUGUAGAUUAGUCUUUUAUGUGUUCACUUUGUAUGCAGGAUCGAGUAACAACCGUUUUUUUUUUUUUCGUUGUGUUUGAUUUUGUUCUUAGCUUCUGCUUCAAUGACUUCUAUCAUCUCACCUGAAUGGCAUGAUAAGGCUGCUGGUUUCUUUACUUCCUCAGGGGUCAAGCUUAAAGAAGCUAAGGAAUCAGCGGGAACGUUUGUUGGUGAGGUCACAAAGGAUACAAAGAGUAAUGUGGCUGAAGUGGCGGGGAAAGUUGGAUUGAUGGUCAAGAGUCGGUGGGCACUUCUUCAGCAGCCAUCCACAAGACAUGCUGUGCAGGAUCGGUUGAUAUCAGCUGCUGCCACGACGGGUACGUUUCUUAGGAGAGGCUUCUCAGGGACAAAGGAUAAGGUGGCUGUAGGAAAAUCCAAGGUUGAAGAGGUGGCAAAAACAACAGCACAAAAAAGUAAGACUAUCUUGACAGACAUUGAAAGAUGGCAAAAGGGAGUUGCAAGCACUGAUGUAUUUGGAGUUCCUAUUGAGGUUACUGUACAGAGGCAAGAUUGCAGCAAACCUAUUCCUCAGAUAUUGGUCAAAUGUGCAGAUUAUCUAAUAGUUUCAGGAUUGAACUCACCAUAUCUCUUUAAAUCUGAAGGGGAUAAAAAGGUUAUUCAGCAAUUGGUUUCCCUAUACAACCAAGAUCCAGAUGCUUUGGUGCCAGAAGGAACAAAUCCAAUUGAUGUAGCAGCUCUUGCAAAAUAUUUUCUUGCCAGCCUUCCUGAACCACUUACCACAUUGGAGCUUUAUAAUGAGAUUAGAGCUACUCGAUCUAGUAUAUAUUCCAUGAGAAACAUACUCAAGAGGCUUUCUAGUGUGAACUACAUGACACUGGAGUUUAUAACAGCACUUCUACUCCGCGUUAGCCUGAAGUCACUUCUCAAUAAGAUGGAUGCUCGAAGCCUUGCUAUGGAAAUGGCACCUGUUGUUAUGUGGCAGAAAGGACAGAGACCUGAAAUUUAUUGUCAAUAUUGGAAUCAGAUGUCAAAAAGUCCUUCAAAAAGGAGCUUUGAUCCAACACCUGGUUCACAUACUGCUUGGGAGAUGCUUGCUGAUGAUGGUGAAGCUAUAGAUGCAUCAUCCCCUAUUCCUUUGGAUGAUGGCACACCGGUAGACUUUGGUGCAAUUGAGGUUGUUCAGUUGCUCAUAGAGCAUCAUAAUGCAAUUUUCACAGAUGCAAAUGAGACAGUGUGGAAAUGAAUUGCUUUACACCUCAUCCUGUAGAGAAUAUUGGACUAAUAUUAUUUUUCCAAUCCGGUCAUGAAGAUCAUUUAUACAGGAGCUAAUUUUGAUGUUAUCCGUAAUCAUUACGCUGCAGAAAGAUGUUGGAUACUGGUCCAGUUUAGUGAUAAGGGUAUCAGAUUUUCAAAAUCUUGUGCAUUUAGGGGUUUGACCAUCUUAGUUGUUGAAGUGGAUAAAAUAACAAAAAUAUUGUACAGCUAUUAUGUAUCGCCUGCACAAAUUCUCAUCUCCAAUGUGCUGUGUUAUUGUGGUCUUCAGCUUGGGUCGAUGACGUGAUCUUUGUUUUUAGUUUAGUGUGGAAAGUCGUGUACAUGUACAUAAAGAUCAAUUUGGUGCAACUACUACCAGAAUGUGUCAUUUAAAUCUUGUCCCAUUAUUGUAAGAAUCCUACGUAACGGGGGUGAAGGUAAGUUUAAUUUGAAGAGCUACGCACAAAAAAAAUGCCAUGGAUUAUUUUUUGAGCAUUGCUAUUUAGUAUGAUAAAAUUUAGUCGGAAUUUAUAUGAAUACAUGUGGAUGAAUUUUAUUGG